AUACUGGUUUACUGUUUACAAUCGUGAGUUUCUAACCUAUCGAAAAUUCACACUGGGUUUAGUUAGUAACAAUUAGAAGCAGUUGAUUAGUAGAUACACUUUUUAACUAUGGCCCUAGCAGCCGCCGCUUUGCUAGAUGAGCUUAUGGGUCGAAAUAGAAAUGUAGCGCCCAAUGAGAAAGGAAAGAAACUAAACUGGGAAGAUUCAGAGUAUUGUAAAUACUAUCUGGUCAAGUUCUGCCCUCAUGACUUGUUUGUCAAUACCCGAGCUGAUUUGGGGGUGUGCACAAAAAUCCAUGAUGAAGAAGUGAAAAAACUCUUUGCAGAAGGUAAAUCAUUCAAGAAGAUAUUGUACCAAGAGGAGUUUGUCCGAUUUUGCCAGUCAAUGAUAAAUGAUGUGGACCGCAAGAUAAUUAAAGGCAAGCAGAGACUGGAAUUGAAGAGCCAAACUGAAACAAUACCAGUAUCUGCAGAGUGUCAGAGAAAUACAGAAGAAAUUAAUACUUUAACUGAUAGAAUCAACAGUUUGGUGGAAAAGGCUGAACAGGCUGGCUAUCAAGGCAAUGUUGAUCAAGCACAAGACUUGAUGAAGUUGUGUGAUAAAUUAAAAGAAGAAAGGGACAGUUUAAAACGAAUUCAAGAGAAUCCGAACACAAGUUCAAGCUCAGCCCAAGUCCAAGAAAAGCAAAUGGAAGUUUGUGAGGUUUGUGGAGCAUUUCUGAUUGUUGGAGAUGCUCAACAGAGGAUUGAUGAUCAUCUUAUGGGCAAACAACAUGUUGGAUUUGCUCGGAUCAAAGCAGCUAUUCAAGAGGUGCAGGCAUUAAUUGAUAAUAUACGACUGAAAUCUGAGCGCCCAAGUACGGAGACGAACUUCAAAUUCAAUCGACGUGAACCACGUCGGGGGGAUUCAUAUCACCGUGACAGGGAUCACAAUAACGGCAUAAAGAAUAAUAGGGAUAGUAGGGAUAAGGAUCGAAAUGUAAACCGAAGACACUUUGGGAACAAUACAAGCAGCGUGGGUCCGCACAGAAAUCGUGACAGACAUUCGCACCAUCGACAUUCAGGACGCGAUAGGGAUCGUGAUAGAGAUAGAAAUCGAGAGCGUUCCGGCGAUCAACAAUCGCCGCACCAUUCGCAUCGUCGCUAGAAUCUACAUCAAAUGUCUUUACCAUUUGAUCAAAGAUAGUACCAGUAAUAAAAUGUUAACGAACAGUAAAUAUGACUAGCCAAGAACGUAUCCGUGUGUAUUUUGGCUAAUGACAAAACGUGAUAUGAUUUAUCUAAAAAUUUCGAACUCUACUAUGUUUAAAUCCAGUUAGUUAUUUUCUUAUUACUCAUUAUUGUUAUGCAAGUUAAGGGAAUUCACGUGUUUGCAUUUUUAUUUCGGCUGAGUGGUAAAGUUACACAUGGCGAUUUGUAUUUGAAGUAAAUUUUGUUUUAUUUAUACUUUCUGAAUAAACAUAAAAAUUUUA